GCUGCGGCCGGGAGGGGCGGGCACUGCAGUCGGGUCCCCGCCCGGGGCGGUGCGAGGCCGAUGGGCGGUGCUGGAACCUUCCAGAGCCUGGUCCAGGGCGGCGAGGAGGAGCAAGAGGAGCGGCGGCGAUGGAGAUCGAGGCAAAGGGCUUCACCAUUUGCUCCUCUACAUGCUGGCUGGUGCUGGGCCUUGCAGUUGCUCCACUGGCUUGGGAUACCCCCAGUUGUUGGGAGGUUGGAAACUCUUUGCCCAUACAAACUCCAUCGUUUUCUUCUUCAGACAUGGACCAACAGCAUCAACCGGGCCAAUAAGAAAGCCCUGCUUACCUGGGCAAAAGAAACGGGCAUCAACCUAGUGCAGAUCAACGGGCAGCGGCGAUAUGGUGGCCCACCCCCAGGCUGGGUGGGCGACCCCCCUCCAGCAGGCACAGAGGUGUUCAUCGGGAAGCUGCCGCAGGACAUGUACGAGAACAUCCUGAUCCCGCUCUUCCAGAGCGUGGGGACGCUCUACGAGUUCCGCCUCAUGAUGACCUUCAGCGGGCUCAACCGCGGCUUCGCGUACGCCAAGUACAGCACCCAGCGCGCAGCCAAGGAGGCCAUCGCCGCCCUCAACAACUUCAGCGUGCGGGAGGGCUGCGCCAUCGUGGUGUGCCGGAGCACGGAGAAGUGCGAGCUCAGCGUGGACGGGCUGGCAGGCUCGGUGAGCCGGCGGGAGCUGGAGGCCGUGCUGCAGCGUGUCACCGCGGGCAUCCUCAGCGUCACCCUGCACCCCAGCCCCGGCCGGCAGCGUGCGCAGCUCGCCCUGCUCAAGUUCAGCUCACACCACGCUGCUGCCAUGGCCAAGAAAACUCUCAUGGAAGGGAACAUGAGGCUCGGUGGGGCAGAGAUAAGGGUGGACUGGCUGAACCCUGACCUGAAGCAGAAGCUGCAGUCACCGGAGGAGAAGCCAUCGCCCAGCCGGGUACAGAGGGCCAAGCACCCGCGGCUCGCCAAGCAGGCUCCCCCAUCUCCGGUGCUGCACAAUGCGCUGGAGCACCUCAACACCCUGUGCCGGAGCCAGUACCUGGGGCCCCCCUUGUUCCUCACCAAGUGCGUCCAGGCCAACCCCAAUGGGUGGUUGCGGUUCUGGUGCCAGGUGGUGAUCCCGGGGUGCCCCAUGCCCUUCAUGGGGUUCACAUGGGUGCAGGACGGGCCAGGCAGGAGUGGCCAUGAGGAGGCGAAAGUUGCGGUGGCGCUGCAGGUUCUGCGGAUGCUGGGUGAGUCCGUGUGCGGUACCUGUGCCAACCUCCAAAAGCCUUGGAGCAUCUCUUGGGAGUGUGGAGCUCUGGGGGACACAAGCAGGGUCAGAUCCCCCAUCGAAUAGAUGUGACCCUGAUGUCUCUCAGCCCUGGGUGGGAUUCCUGGUUGGAAGCAGAAGAUGCAAAGGGAGGAGGGUUUUGGGAUGCUGCUCAAAGCCUGACGCUUCCCUCCCCGCUGCAGGGUGCCGGCUGACGUAGGCAGCGCUCUGCCCGUGCCAUGAGCUGAACCUGAGCCACCAGCCCCGGUGCUGCCGGAGCGGCGAGUGAGCCCUGCUGGGACAGAGUCCUGUUCCAGCUCUGUUUUGAGUUCCUUUGGGUUUGGUUUGGUUUGGUUUGAGAGCUGGUGCUGAGGACGGAGCUGCUGGCCUGGUGCAUGGCUGCUGCUCUGUCCCUGGCCAGCCCUUGGGGAUGGUUCUGUUUUUGGGGUUGUUUUAAUCCGGCCCAGUUUGGCUUCUUUUCAGUUGGUUUGCGUUGCCGUGCUG